UUUUCCUUCUGAUAUUUGAUUAUCAUUUGCAAUGGGCGAAAACGGCAAGGGAGUAGAUUCUUCUUCUCCGUAUUAUUUACAUCCUUCCUCGAACACAGAUCGAAUUAUAUCUCCCGUGGUUCUACGUGGGAAUAAUUACAACGAAUGGGCACGAUCGGCCCGUAAUGCUUUCAAAGCAAACAACAAACUUGGGUUUAUUGAUGGCUCGAUUCAUCCACCCAAGUCGACUGAAUCUACGAUGUAUUCUUCAUGGGUGCAGGUGAAUUUUAUGCUAGGGGAAUGGUUACGUAACACACUUGAUGCAUCCAAUUCGUUCUUCUGUCCCUAUUACUGAUGAUGUUAGGGAUAUGUGGGAGGAUAUAAGGGGACGUUUCUCGGUUAGAAACGGACUCGAAUUCACGAAUUAACGAGUCAAUUGACUCAUCUUGAACAAGGCGGCGACUCGGUGGUCGACUACUACGGGAAAAUACGAAUGAUUUGGGAUAUUAGAUUUUAAUACUGCCCCUGUGUGUACUUGUAGCUGCAAGUGUGGUGCGAAAAUUGCUUUGGUGAAGGAACGAGAGGAUCAGAAAGUUCACCAAUUUUGAAUUGGUCUAGACUCCACUAUCCAUGGCAGGGUUCGAUCUCAAAUUUUGAUGCAAGAACCCCUUCCACCAUUGAACACGGAACGAUAUCAUUCUAUUGUUCGCCAUCGUGACAAGAAGACCGAGGCCAUGGGUUUUGCGGCACAAGGCACUACUCGUGGGCGUGCAGCAGCUUUUGCCAUGGAGGGUGAUAAGCCUCGCUUUACAGGCACGCGUUCUCAUUGCGGAAAAGUGGGACACGACAAAGAUAACUGCUUCCAGCUUUUGGGAUUUCCUGAUUGGUGGUAUUCUGAAAAUAGGGCAGCAGCUAAGGGAGGCACCAAGUCUACUCGUGGUGGGAAAGUUGCUGGUCGUGGUCGUGGGAAUGUGGCUAAUGUUGUUGGCCAAUCCUCUAGCAGCACAUCAGGACAACAAAUUGGCGACUCUGAUCGUAAUGGGGUGCAACUCUCGGAUGCACAAUGGCAACAAUUUUUGGGUAUGCUAAAACCUUCUCACACCAAUGAUACUACUACAAAACAUGAUGGACCGCAAUUCGAGGACUCUGAUUGGAGCAGGUGAACAAUGUGACAAAGUAUAUUGGUUCAAGUCAGAGAAGCGGAUUCAAGCUAAUCAAACUUCUAUGGUUGGGCAGCAAGAAUUGUGGCAUCGUCAUCUUGGCCAUCCUUCCCGAAAAGUGGUGUCUCUUUUACCUUUUAUUUGUCAAAAUAACGCUCAUAGUGAGAGCAAUGAUUUUUGUCAUUCUAAGGAACCUUGUAGUAUUUGUUUAAUAGCUCAUCAAACUAGAAGUGUUUUUUCGAUUAGUGAAAGUAAAAUGCUUGAUUUAUUUGACA